CACUAGCCGAGGGACAGUAUAUAUAGAUAGCCUCAGCCACAUCUUCUCAACAAGUGACACAAGCCACUCACCAGAGGUCUCAGCAGGAACUGACAGGCCAGCAGGAUGAAGCCAUCCAUUGCCAUCAUUUUUUGCUUCUUGGUCCUGGGAGUUGACAGCCAAAGCUGGUUUGAGUUCAUUAAACAGGCUGGUCAAGGGACUAGAGACAUGUGGCGGGCUUACUCUGACAUGAGAGAGGCCAACUGGAAAUACUCAGACAAAUACUUCCGUGCUAGAGGGAACUAUGAUGCUGCCCAAAGGGGACCAGGAGGAGCCUGGGCUGCUAAAGUGAUCAGUGAUGCCAGAGAGGAUAUUCGGAGGUUCAUAGGACGUGGAACAGAGCAAUCAAGAGCUAACCAGUUUGCCAACGAAUGGGGUCGGAGUGGUAGAAACCCCAACUACUUCCAACCUCUUGGCCUGCCUAGUAAAUACUGAGUUUUCUCUUCAUGUUUUUCCCAGCCAUGUAGACCCCAAGGAAGAUGCAACUACUGAAUUUAAUUAGUUCCUAAACUCUGGAUCCCUAAGUACCUCAAAAUGUUGAAUAAAUAUUUGUGAAAUGUA